CAGUCAACUGCUUCAAGAUGAUGGCGUCUCAAGCUCCGGGUUCUCCUACGCUGCAGCGCGUGGCCACACCCUUCGGCUACGGAUCUCUGCACGACGAUGAGCCACAGAGUGCGUCACCCGAGGAUGCAAGCCCCAAUGCGCGCCGGAGAUUCGCACACGUCGAGUUUCCAUGGGGACAUGCCUAUGUCCACUCGGACCUGGUAGCUGCGGUGCCGCUCUUCACAUUCUACGCGCUGUCUAAGACGCAGCACAUCAAAUUCACGCUGCCGUUUGCGCUGACGAGCUCUGGACAGGAAAUGGUGGACGCUGUGCGUCGUCAGCUCGAACUGGAGCCUAAUAUCGCUGUGUCACUCGUGCAGACCGAUAGUGUGAGCAAACAUGAGAUCCAGUCACACCUUAAGCUCGGCGAAUGCACCAUUGGAGCGGGGCCUGAGCACCCAGUACUAGUGCUACAGACCCCCAUAGUGCAGUUCGACAAGAAGAAAUGCUCGUUCUACAUGCUGCUUCAAGAGGACAACACACGUGCAGUGCAGGUAGCCAAAGGCUGCGGCUCUGUGCUGGGCAACUGUGACGUGGCAUGUGGCAUCAAGUACUGGGAAGUGAAGCUGCAGAGUGCUAGAGGUGGAGAAGGAGUGUUUGUUGGUGUGGCGGCUGCAGAUCUCGCUCUCAACAGUAGUGUUGUGAGUCGCGGUGUGUUCUGGGGCAUCUCAUGCGCUACUGGACACAAGCUCCACGACACAAUCGAGUACUAUGCUGACCCAUGCAAGGACGGAGAUGUCGUCGGCGUGCUGCUCGAUAUGGAGUAUGGCCGACUGAGCUUCUACGUGAACGGACGGAAUCUAGGCGUCGCGUUCUGCGGCAUCCAAGUCAAGAAGUUGUGUCCCGUGUUCUCCCUGACCUUCAUCGGGCAAAACAUUAAGCUGCUACCGACAGCAUCGCCCCCGAUGCCGUAG